AUGUUGUGCUGCGGCUCCGCCGCGCUCCUCCUGGCCCUGGCCGGGCUCUUCCUGAGCAGGGUGCCCGGGGCCCAGGGCGCCGCCUGCGAGCCGGUCCGCAUCCCCCUGUGCAAGUCCCUGCCCUGGAACAUGACCAAGAUGCCCAACCACCUGCACCACAGCACCCAGGCCAACGCCAUCCUGGCCAUCGAGCAGUUCGAGGGGCUGCUGGGCACCCUCUGCAGCCCCGACCUGCUCUUCUUCCUCUGCGCCAUGUACGCGCCCAUCUGCACCAUCGACUUCCAGCACGAGCCCAUCAAGCCCUGCAAGUCGGUGUGCGAGCGGGCCCGGGCCGGCUGCGAGCCCGUCCUCAUCAAGUACCGCCACGCCUGGCCCGAGAGCCUGGCCUGCGAGGAGCUGCCCGUCUACGACCGCGGCGUCUGCAUCUCCCCAGAGGCCAUCGUGACCGCCGAGGGAGCUGAUUUCCCUAUGGAUUCUAAUAAUGGCAACUGUAGAGGCUCCGGCAAUGAGCGUUGCAAAUGCAAACCUAUUAAAGCUACCCAGAAGACCUAUCUUCGGAACAAUUAUAACUAUGUCAUUCGGGCUAAAGUGAAGGAGGUGAAGACUAAAUGUCAUGAUGUCACCGCAGUAGUUGAAGUAAAGGAGAUACUAAAAUCUUCCUUGGUGAAUAUUCCUAAGGACACUGUUAACCUUUACACAAACUCUGGCUGUCUAUGCCCACCACUCAGUGCCAAUGAAGAAUACAUUAUAAUGGGCUAUGAAGAUGAGGAACGCUCCAGGUUACUCUUGGUAGAAGGCUCCAUAGCUGAGAAAUGGAAGGAUCGUCUUGGUAAAAAAGUAAAGCGCUGGGAUCAGAAACUCCGUCAUCCUGGAAAGGGCAAAAAUGAGCCUGGACAAAGUGAUUCUGCUCAAAAGUCUGGCAAGAACAGUAAUCCACGACAAACACGCAACUAA